UCCGCGCCGGGCGAGGGGGGUCCCUGCCUAAUCCUCCCUCCUCUGCCCUCAGGAUGCUGCCCUACGGCUGCCUGUCCAUCGGGGACUGCGUGGGGCUGAUCGAGGUGGUGAAGAGCUCGCACACCAUCAUGCAGAUCCAGUGCAAGGGCGGCCUGAAGGGGGCGCUCCAGUUUAACAGCCACACCCUGCACCACUGGCUGAAGGACAAGAACAAGGGGGACAGUUACGACAACGCCAUCGACCUGUUCACCCGCUCGUGCGCCGGGUACUGCGUGGCCACCUUCAUCCUGGGAAUCGGCGACCGGCACAACAGCAACAUCAUGGUGAAGGACGACGGGCAGCUCUUCCACAUCGACUUCGGCCACUUCCUGGAUCACAAGAAGAAGAAAUUUGGCUACAAGCGGGAGCGGGUUCCCUUCGUCCUCACGCAGGACUUCCUGCUCGUCAUCAGCAAAGGGGUGCAGGAGAGCACCAAGACCAAGGAGUUCGAGAGGUUCCAGGAGAUGUGCUACGCAGCGUACCUUGCCAUCAGGCAACACGCCAACCUGCUGAUCAGCCUGUUCUCGCUGAUGCUGAGCUCGGGGCUGCCGGAGCUGCAGUCGUUUGACGACAUCGCCUACCUGCGCAAGACGCUGGCGCUCGACAAGGCUGAGCCAGAGGCGCUCGAGUACUUCACGAAGCAGAUGAAUGAGGCCCACCACGGCGGCUGGACCACCAAGAUGGACUGGAUCUUCCACACCAUCCGCCACAUGCCCCUGAGCGAGGCCGGGCACGACUGAGGGCCCCCGCCCACUGCUCCAGGCCCCACCCACCGCUCUAGGUCCCGCCCUUUCCUCCUGGUCAGUGUGGCUGAAACUGUGUCCGUAAGCCCCUCCCAUCCCGGAGGGGGCUGGACCAUGAGCGACACAGGGGCGGGGGGCAGGGUCUCUCCCCCUUGGGGGGGCAUGUCCCAGGAGCACAGGCCCUGCCCUCCUUGCUCAGGCUCUCUUGCUCCUCCCCCUAAGCCCCGCCCCCUUGGGAAGAACCCCCUCCCAUCCUGGGGUGGGGGGUGGGCAUAGAGUCUCAGGCCCAUGACACGCAGAGGGUGUGGCCAAGCACUGAAGCCCCUCCCCCUAGGGCGGGGCCUGAGAGAGGGGAGCCGGGACAUGUGCCCCUCCCCCUUCUGGGUGCAUCCAGGUGAGGG